AUCGUUGUCGAUGACUCGUUUUCACUCACAAGACUGAUUCAAAACGACUCGUGCAUAGCGGCAUAGCGGUUGCCCCUGGGGAGUUUUAUAUAGGACAAUGGACAGGCCAGCUGGUAGUCAGAACAAUGGCUAUAUUUCCAUGAUCACAAGCCCGGCCUCGCCAGAUUUCCCUCCAAUCUAUUCUAAUUGGACACCAAUGCACGAAGAAGACCAAGAUACCACAAGGUUAGGCGAUAACACACCGAAGGAGGACGAAGACAAAGAACCCUCAGAACUACAAAUAGGCGUUGUGGACACAGAACCGAUCGACACAAUGGCAUGGGAUAGCACAUACUGCCACGAGAUGCAGUGCGACCGCGAGUCCGCGCGACCGCAACGACUCAGGCGAGGCAGACGGAUCCAGAGACAGCGCUUGAGCGGGCGGCAGACUACCACAACUCGUGGUGUCGCCAGUGUUCAGAACACUGGCUCGAGCGAGCGAGGCGACACUCACACUACUGUAGGGGUGGCUUCUUUUCUGGAUAUAGGCCAAAGAACAGACAAAGCAAGAGGAUCAGCAGCAACCACCAGGCCGGCUGCACGAAACUUGACAACAGUCGCAGUCCGUCGGGCAGCGCGGAAUCCAGCUCUGCAAGCUCGACUCCGUCACCUCUCGAUCGUGCUGUGUCCCCUGGUCCAGAUGUCAACAGGACAUCGUCAUCCUGCCUUCCCAAAGACGAUACUGGAGUACCACUUGCUCAGCGAUGCCCAGCUCGACGACCUGGCGGGCUUCUACCACCAGCGCUCACCUUCGGAAUGGUCGGGGCAGUACCCGUGCCCGGUGAAGUGGACGGGAACCCUCACGACGGCGGACAAGAGACGCAAGUUUGGCCGGUUCAUUGGCCUCAGGGGCUGUGAGUCGCCAAUAGCUCCGCCAUACGUGCCCAGCACCGAGGAGAUCGCCGAGGCGGCUCGCCAGGCCGCUAUGGUUGCCCAGGAGGAUGCCUUUCGACAACUAUAUAAGGGCAGGGAAUAAGGAGGCAGUGACGAUGCUACGCUGUCGUGCAACAUGCGGUCCUUUGUCAGAUGGCAGCUGUUCGACUUACACGGCGUUCGGGAGAAAGCAUGGGCAACAGGGCAUUUGCCUUGCAUUGCGGCGAACAACAAUAUCG